UUUAAUGGUAUAUUUUUAAGGCAACAUAUCCAAAAUGUUAUAAGUUCUCCAUGUAAUCAAUAUUUUUAAUUGCUAAUGAGAUAUUUUACAUUUUUUUCAUACUUAGCCUUUGAAAUUCAGUGUGCAUUUUACACUUUACAGCACAUCUCUGUUCAGACUGGCCAGGUUUCAAGUCCUCAGUGGCACAUGAGGCCAGUGGCUACCAUAUUGGAUGGCAAUUCUAGUUCUAGAAUGUUCUUUCCUUGUGCAUUUGUGAGGCCAAUAUCUACUCCCCUCCCCCAAGACUCAGCCAGCGGCUCCUCCAGAAAGCAGUCCCCACCCUCCUGCUCUCACCCAACCUGGGGGUGAGGUUCUGUUCCAAACAGCCCCCUUGCUGAUCCUGUCACAUUGCCUGCCUUUAGUGUGGUGUGGUUUGGGUGUCUGUUCAUCCAUCUGCUCCGUGGGUGGCAGGAUUCCCACAUGGCUGCAGGGCACCCUGCUCCGCAAUGGGCCUGGAAUGCACACAGUGGGGGAGACCAGAUACAACCAUUGGUUUGAUGGCCUGGCCUUGCUCCACAGCUUCAUGAUUAGAGAUGGUGAAGUCUAUUACAGGAGCAAAUACCUGAGAAGUGAUACCUACAAUGCCAACAUUGAGGCCAACAGGAUUGUGGUGUCAGAGUUUGGAACAAUGGCCUAUCCGGACCCCUGCAAAAACAUAUUUGCCAAAGCUUUCUCCUACUUGUCCCAUACCAUCCCCGAUUUCACAGACAACUGCCUGAUUAAUAUCAUGAAGUGUGGAGAAGACUUCUACGCAACCACAGAGACCAAUUACAUGAGGAAAAUCAACCCACAGACUCUGGAAACCCUGGAGAAGGUUGAUUAUCGCAAAUAUGUGGCUGUGAAUCUGGCAACAGCACAUCCUCAUUAUGAUGCAGCUGGAAAUGUUCUUAAUAUGGGCACAUCCAUCAUGGACAAGGGGAAGACAAAAUAUGUGAUCUUUAAGAUACCUGCCACUGUACCAGAGGACAAGAAGGGGAAGAACCCUUUGAAGCACACGGAGGUGUUCUGCUCCAUCAUCUCCCACUCCCUCCUCUCCCCGAGCUAUUACCACAGUUUCGGAAUCACCGAGAACUACAUCGUUUUCCUCGAGCAGCCUUUCAAGCUGGAUAUCCUCAAAAUGUCAACCGCGUACAUCCGGGGAGUGAACUGGGCCUCCUGCCUGGCUUUCCACAAGGAGGACAAGACUUAUAUUCACAUCAUCGAUCAGAGGACCAAGAAGCCUUUGCCCACCAAGUUUUACACAGACGCCAUGGUGGUCUUUCAUCACGUCAACGCCUACGAGGAAGAUGGCUACCUUCUGUUUGACGUCAUCACCUAUGAGGACAGCAGCCUUUACCAGCUCUUCUACUUGGCCAACCUGAACCAGGACUUUGAGGAGAACUCCAGGCUCACCUCCAUCCCCACCCUCAGGAGGUUCGCCGUGCCCCUCAAUGUGGACAAGAAUGCGGAAGUGGGCUCAAAUUUAAUCAAACUGGCAUCUACAACAGCAAGAGCCCUAAAGGAAAAAGAUGACCAAGUCUACUGCCAGCCAGAGUUGCUUUAUGAAGGUUUAGAGCUGCCCCGGAUCAAUUAUGCUCACAACGGGAAGCGAUACCGCUACGUCUUUGCUGCUGAAGUUCAGUGGAGUCCCAUCCCAACCAAGAUACUGAAAUACGAUGUUCUCACAAAGUCAUCCUUAAAAUGGGGACAGGAGCAUUGCUGGCCAGCAGAACCCCUGUUUGUACCCACACCGGAUGCCAAGGACGAGGAUGACGGGAUUAUCUUAUCAGCCAUCGUCUCUACUGAUCCCCAAAAGCUGCCUUUUCUGCUUAUUCUGGAUGCCAAGAGUUUUACAGAAUUGGCUCGUGCAUCCAUUGAUGUAGAGAUGCACCUGGAUCUCCAUGGGUUAUUCAUUCCGGACACAGACUGGGACGCGAGGAAGCAGGCCCCUUCCCAGGAAGAGCAGGAUGGGGCUCCAGACUGCCGAGAGGCCCCGCAGACCUGACUGGGCUGGGGCCUGGGCCAUGGGCCCUGGGAAGAACGGCUCCCCUGGCAGGCUCCCACACGACUCCAGGCUUGCUCCCUCUCUGGGUGAAGGGGAGGUCCUUCAUUUCGUUUUGCACUUACUCUUUCUGUGGUUGC